AUGACACCGAUCAUUCUCGAGGACGAGCUGGCCGCGAAGCGAUACUCGUACUUCCAGCAGCGAUUUCGGCUCGAAGGUUUCGGAAGCACGCCGGACCUUACACUGAGAGAGCCUCCGCCGGCAUACGUCGAGAACCCAGCCGACGAUGUUGGGAUCACUUUCGGGGACGACAAGCCCGCCGAGGGCGAUGAGGAGCACUAUGUUACCGGGUGGAAGCUAUUUGGUCUGAUGCUCGCCAUCACGAUGGCUUGCUUUCUGGUGCUCUUGGACAUGUCUGUCAUAGUCACUGCAAUCCCGAAAAUUACAACGCACUUCCACUCGCUUUCUGAUGUUGGGUGGUACGGGGCCGCGUACAAUCUGUGCAGCGCGGCUCUUCAACCCAUAUCGGGAAAAUUCUACACUUACUUCAAGUCAAAGUGGACUUUCCUGUCCUUUUUACUCGUCUUCUUGCUCGGAUCGCUGGUCUGCGGCAUGGCGACUUCGUCCUUAAUGUUCAUCGUCGGCCGCGCCGUCGCAGGCAUGGGAAGCUCAGGGCUGCAAAACGGAGCCAUGACCAUAAUUGCCGCGUCGGCACCGAUGGAAAAGCGGCCAGCAUUGAUGGGCAUGAUGCUGGGAGGUUGCCAGAUCGGGCUCGCUGCCGGGCCGCUGGUCGGAGGCGCGUUGACGCAGUACACGUCGUGGAGAUGGUGCUUCUACAUCAAUUUCCCCAUCGGCGGCGUCGCCGCAGCCGUGAUCAUGGCCGUGACUAUUCCCGACCGCCGCAUCCGCAAGAAGGGGUCCGUGUUGGAGACAAUCAAGCAGAACUUUGACCUCACUGGCUUUGCCCUGUUUGUCCCCUGGGCGAUCAUGAUACUGCUCGCGCUCGAGUACGGCGGCAACCAGUAUCCAUGGAACUCGUCUCACGUCAUUGGUCUCUUCAUAGGCGGCGCGCUCACGUUUGCGGGCUGGUUCUGGUGGGAGAAGCGCAAGGGCGAAGGGGCCAUGAUUCCGUUUCCCAUCGUCAAGAAGAAGGAGAUUUGGACGUCUUGCCUGAGCAUGCUGUUCCUCUUCACGACGAUAUUUGCGGCGUCGUACUUUUUGCCGAUUUACUUUCAGUCUGUCAAAGGGGCGACGCCAUUUAAGAGCGGGCUAUACAUGCUGCCGAGUAUACUGAGCCAGCUUGUGUUUGCGGUGGCAUCUGGCUUUCUGAGCCAAAAGGUUGGCUACUACAUGCCCUUUGCGCUCCUCAGCGGCGUCGUCCUCGCCAUCGGAUACGGCCUCAUGACGACGUUUUCGCCGCACACGACCGCGGCCGAAUGGAUAGGGUACCAGAUAUUCGUCGGCUUCGGGCGCGGCAUGAGCAUGCAGAUACCGCUCAUCGCGAUCCAGGCCAACACGGCGCCCGAGUUCACGGCCAUUGCGACGGCGACGCUCGUCUUCUCGCAGACGUUUGGCUGCGCCGUCUUCAUCGCCAUCGCCAACGCGCUCUUCAACAACACGCUCAAGACGGAGCUGGGGCGGUGGGCGCCGGGGACGGACGCGCGGGCGGUCAUUGAGGCGGGCGCGACGGGCAUCCGGAGCGUGGUGAGGGACGAGGGCGACGUGCCGGGCGUGCUGAUGGCGUACUCCAAGGGCGUGGAUGCGGUGUUUUACCUCGUCGUGGGUAUGGCGGUGUGCAUGUUUGCGGUGUCGUGGGGGAUGGGGUGGAAGGAUAUUCGGAUAUGGUGA